GAAACUCAAGCGAUGGGUCGCAAUAAUAAACGGGGCGGUAGGCGCGGUGGAAAGAAACGCGAUGACACUUUCCGGAGCGAGCCGAUCGUGAACAAGGAAGACAUGACCAACGACCGUUUUGUGGCAUACUACAAGGCGCAAAACAUCAUAUCAGAGGGAGAAGAAUGGGAGGAAUUCAUGGAUAAACUCAGAACGCCUCUCCCGACAACAUUCCGCGUUGCAGGAAGUAGAUUAACAGCACAAUCCCUCAAUGCAUCAAUUAGAGACUUACAUGUCCCUAAUCUAAAAAAUGUAGUCUUCGAGGACCAGGCUGUCUCACCACCGGUACAGAUCCCUUGGUAUCCUGAUGGUCUAGCUUGGCAGUUCAACGUUCCCAAGAAGGUGCUUCGGAAAUCGCCAGAGUUCAAAGGGUUUCACUCGUUCUUAGUUUUUGAAACGGAAGUGGGAAAUGUUUCGCGACAAGAAGCUGUCAGUAUGCUGCCCCCACUCUUCUUGGAUGUGGAGCCGCAUCACAAGGUUAUCGAUAUGUGUGCCGCCCCAGGGUCCAAAGUCAAGCUUGUUCUUAGUUCUCCCGCCAUGGCUAAGACCUCCAGACAGACUGCCCAACUCCUCGAGGCCCUACACUCCCAAGACACGCUUACAUCAACCUCAAUCCCCUCUGGAAUGCUCAUCGCAAAUGAUAAUGACCACAAGCGCACCCAUCUGCUUAUUCACCAAUCCGCCCGCUUGCCCAGUCCGGCUCUCAUGGUCACAAACCUCGAUGCAUCCAUAUACCCACACAUGAAGGUUCCAUCACGAAGACAUCCAAAUAAGCUUGAACCCCUGUUGUUCGACCGCAUUUUAUGUGAUGUACCAUGUAGCGGAGACGGCACACUUCGCAAAAAUGUUGGAAUUUGGAAGACAUGGCAGCCUAUGGACGGUAAUGGGCUUCACAGCCUACAGAUUCGCAUACUUCAACGAGCAAUGAAAAUGCUCGCUCCAGAAGGUCGCAUUGUAUACUCUACUUGCUCUCUCAAUCCAGUUGAGAAUGAAGCCGUUAUAGUAGCGGCCUUACAGUCCAAUCCAGAGUUCCAUCUUGUCGAUGUUUCUGCACGCUUCCCCGAUCUCAAGCGCUCUCCUGGAGUAACAUCAUGGCGAACGACCGACAAAUCGCUUAACAUCUACGAAACUCACGAGAAGUUCUUGGAAUUAACCCAGGAAACUCACGCGUUCAAGGCGAAAUUGACACGCAGCCAUUUCCCACCAGAUGAUGUAGAACAAUAUAAUCUUCCUCGAUGUCUCCGGAUAUACCCUCAUUUACAAGACACUGGCGGGUUUUUCGUUGCCAUUUUGGAGCGGAAACAGGUGGCUACUGCACCCAGUGAAAAGAAACGCGAGGCGCCUGAUGAAGUGGCCGAAAGUCCUGAAAACAAAAAGCCUCGACUGGAUGAAGCCAUAAAGGAGGAGCCAAUGGACGAUUUCGCUGUAGGUACCGCAACUGAAGAAAAUUCUAUCAAGACAGAGGAGUUAGUUGAUGAUAUAAAAAUCGAGGAGGACGUCAAAAAAGAGGCAAAUUUGGCGGAGACCAAGGUCGUGAUGGAGAAGUCCAAGAAACAAGGCGAUGCAGGCUCUUUCAAAGAAAACCCAUACACUUUCCUGAAACCUGGCGAUCCAACGGUCGCAACCUGCCUCGAACGCCUCUGCAUUAACUCGGACUUCCCAUCCUCAAAUAUCUUGGUCCGGAAUCCCGAGGGAGAAGCUGCAAGAGCACUCUAUAUUGCCAACGACCUCGUGAAAUCUGUUGUGACUAACAAUGACUACGUGCGGAUCCGGCUUACCUUCGCGGGCACCAAAAUUUUCGUCAAGCAAGAAGCUGGACGCGGGCUCGAGGCUCAAUUCCGUGUAUUGGGUGAAGCCGUACCGCUGGUCCUCCCAUAUGUCGAUCGUGCCGGUAUCAUCGACGGCGAUUUUGAUGUCCUAAGGGCGUUAGUUGCUGGCCACUAUCCUUUGUGCGAGACAUUCCAUGAGCCAUUCAAGUCAGCCUCCAUUGCCGCAAGGUCAGGGGGGCAUAUUGUGAGGUUCCCUCAAGGAAAUGGCGAGGAUGCAACUUUAUCGCAUGACCUUUACCUUCCCAUUUGGAAGUCCAAUGCCUCACUCACCUUAAUGAUCGACAAAAAAGCCAAAAGUGCUUUGAGCAUGCGUGUGUUCAACAAGGACAUCACCACGCCAGCGAAACAAACCUUGGCAAAAGAUGCUGUUGUUGUGCAGGCAGAAACUGUUGAGCAAGAGGAGGAGGAGGAUGACAUCGUAGACGCAGACAUGGUUGAUGCCUAG